AUGCCGGCGGGGAUCAUGAAGAGGUGGCACUCGGACAAGGGCUUCGGCUUCAUAUCGCCGGACCAGGGAGGUGAAGACGUGUUCUGCCAUGUAACCGCUCUGCUGGACGGCGAGGGCAGCGUCCAGGAGGGCGACCAGGUGCGCUUCCAGGUCAGGUACGACGACCGCAAGGGCAAGGACCGCGCCGAAAAGGUGGAGCUGGCGAGCGGCGGCGGCGGCGGCGGCCGCGGCGGCCGCAGCCGCUCGCCGCCGCCCCGUGGCCGCUCCCCGCCCCGCGGCGGCGGCUUCGGAGGCGGCGGGGGCGGCGAAGUGCGCCCUGGAGACUGGGCCUGCCCCGGCUGCGGCGCGAACGUGUUCGCCUCCAAGUCCGAGUGCUUCAAGUGCGGGGAGCCCAAGUGGCACGCGGACAAGGGCUUCGGCUUCAUAUCGCCGGACCAGGGAGGUGAGGACGUGUUCUGCCAUGUAACCGCUCUGAUGGACGGCGAGGGCAGCGUUCAGGAGGGCGACCCGGUGCGCUUCCAGGUCAGAUACGACGACCGCAAGGGCAAGGACCGCGCCGAGAAGGUGGAGCUGGCGAGCGGCGGCGGCGGCGGCGGCCGCGGCGGCCGCAGCCGUUCUCCGCCCCCCCGCGGCCGCUCCCCGCCCCGCGGCGGCGGCUUCGGAGGCGGCGGGGGCGGCGAAGUGCGCCCUGGAGACUGGGCCUGCCCCGGCUGCGGCGCGAACGUGUUCGCCUCCAAGUCCGAGUGCUUCAAGUGCGGGGAGCCCAAGCCCCGUGGUGGCAGGGAUGACGACCGCCGCGGCGGAGGCGGCCGGGACCGCGACUACGACGACCGCCGCGGAGGCCGUGACGACCGCCGCGACGAUCGCCGCGGCGGGCGCGACGACCGGGACCGCCGCUACUGA